AUGACGUCACCUGAAAGCUCAUGUGUUUCUGUUGGGAUGACCUCGUUUACUGUUGCCUCACCUUUGGGCCGAAGCGACAAAACAAACAUGAAUCGUUUAUCAUCCGUUUCCAGCCUAAUGUCGCCCCCAGAGUCCAAACCGUUCGAUAGUUUUAACCCUGCAUUUUCACCCCAUCAACUGUCACAGAAUCCCUCAUACAGCCAUGACAUGAAACUUCCUCCCAUCUCCGUUGACCGGAAGCGAACACAAUCGGAGAUGGACUUGCCGUCGCCACCUGUCACUCCCUACACAGGCAACAAAAAAAGGAAGUCAAAUGCAUCAGAGCAGGUCGAGGGAGAUGCGGUAGUUGGCUCUUCAAGGGAUCCUGUCCUUUUCCCUCGCCACGAUUCGCUCACAGAGGUUGCCACUGAUGAGCCGUUGUUCGGUCCUAUGCUUCCGACAGAGACGGAAGCAUUGGUUGAGCAACACAUUAAUUCCCACAUGGCAAGAUUUGAAAAUAAAUUAAAUAAACCGACACGCGAUGAAUAUCUUCUAGCUCUUUCGUGUGUGCCAAUCGUUUCAGCUCAAUAUAAUCGCAACCCAGGAGCAUGGGCUAAAGAGGAGCGAGAAACGCUCGAGCGCCAACUAGUUAUGAUGAAUCGCUGUCGUCCGCACACGUUGGAAGCGAAAUUAAAGAGAAUCGCCCCCGCGCCGGCUAAGAGGACAUUUCCUGCUCAAACUCGUGCGCAGCGGACUCCCAGGGCCAAGCGUACACCAAGAUUCACACCAAAGCAGAAAGUUUUGGACACAUUUGACUUAACCCCACAAUCCAGUAACAAGCAACCCCGAGCUAUAGGCACAAAUCGGGAUGACACAGAUUAUAAGUCGAUUAUGGAUUACUCCCCUCCUUUAGAGACUCUCGGAAGCAAUGCGAAAGCCUUGAAGGCAGACUGGAAAGGACAAAUGCUGGAUCUCAGCAAUGAUUCAGAUCGACACUUGUUGAACGCCGCUGAGCUCAACCUUGCAGCCACAUUAAGGCUUUCCUGUGCAACAUAUCUAUGCAGCAAGCGUCGCAUUUUUGAGGCUCGUGUUAAGGCUUUGAAUGUUGGGAAAGAAUUUCGGAAGACAGAUGCUCAACAGGCUUGCAAGAUUGACGUUAACAAAGCAAGCAAGCUUUGGACAGCAUAUGACCGAGUUGGCUGGUUCAGACCGGAGCAUUUCGAGCAAUUUCUUAAAUGA